CAGGAAAGUAUCUAAGACGUCUCCUUCCCACGCUCACCACGGCCCCGGAAUCACCAUCUACGGCCAUUUUUACCACCCCACUCUUACAACAAGCCACAAAGUCUAGCCAAGUACACCAAGUAAACCAACGGGACAGCACACAGAUCAGCACCACCCACCACAUCGAACAUGACUCUCUCUACCGACUAUUGCCGCCUCCUCACCACUCUGGAAAACGAAAGCGGCGAAGCGUACCUCCACCGCAACGCCCGCCACGCUUGCAGCAAAUCGCCCUCUCCAGUUCACGACAGCUACAACGGCGCCGUCUGCCGGGUCUACGGCAAGUCGCCCUGCCAGUGCAGCAAGCUGAGCUAUUCUCGCGAGGCUAGCGCGCCCUGCCGGACCUGCGGCAAGACGCCCUGCGUGUGUGACAAGAUUUAGCUGGGCUGUUCCUGCGAGGCUGUCUGCGGCCCCGCCUUCCUCAACUAGGUACAAGGCAGUAGUUGAUGGACUUCACGGCCAAUGUGAUGAAUGCUCAAAACUUCGUAUCUGCUGGCCCUUGGGUCUGAGAUUUGUUUAGCGGGGUUGAAGCUCUGGCUGAGUUACGGCGGAGGGAUACUGGACAAGAUACAGGCAGUC